UUUGAGACUUUUCCAACACUAAUACGCAUUUACUCCAAGAAGAAGAAGAAGAGUUUGUUGUGGGCGACAAAACUGAAAAUAUAUUUUUUAUCCAAUAUUUUAUAUAUAUAAAAUUUGAAAUCAUGGCAAAGAUGGCAUUUCAACACCAGGCCGGCACGGCCAUGGAGUGUCUGAGCAUUCCAAUAACGCUUCACAAGGAAAAAGACUAUGACCAGGAGGGCCGUGAAAUACUGAAGUGUGGCUUUAAAAUUGGCGGAGGGAUCGAUCAGGACUAUAAAAAGAGCCCCCAGGGCUACACGGACUAUGGCAUAUAUGUGACGGAGGUGCACGAAGGCAGCCCAGCAGCUCGCGCAGGAUUGCGAAUCCAUGACAAGAUCCUUCAGUGCAACGGCUACGACUUCACCAUGGUCACCCACAAAAAGGCCGUAAGCUACAUACGAAAAAACCCGAUCCUCAAUAUGCUGGUAGCUCGCAAGGGCGUAACAUCAACAUAAGCGAGCCUUGGAGCAGAGUUUCCAGUGACUCUAGCAGUAUUUAAGCGGCAUCUAAAAACUAUUCACUCUACUGCCUCUCAUUGCUAAGGAUCUCUUUGCCCCUCGAAACCUAUCAGAUUACAUAGAUAUACCAUAUAUAUUAUAAUAUAUAUAUAUAUUCACAAAGUAUGCAUAUCGCGCACAUAAUAUACCCAGCUAAAAAAUGUAGCUCAUAGUAAUGCUUCUCGUUGAUUUCGAUUUCUUUGCCUCCAUCAGUUGUUGAAAAAAUCGCCAAGCUCUAGUGCAAAUAACAGAUUGCCAAAUACUUAAGAACCGAUUUAAACAGACUCGAAUAUAAACAAUUUUGUACUUUUAUAAAUACAAUCCAUUCCAAAAACCAAAACAGAAGCAAAUGACGAACGCAAAGUUGUUGAAAAAAAGACAAUUUACAUUAAUAGUACAUACUUGUGAUAAAUGCCGUUUACUGUGCAGCGAUUAAGUUUUAAAUUUGAGUUUUUUUAAUGUUAAAUUGCAUUUAAAUAAAUGUUUGCUAAAUAAAUGUGGUGGAAAAAA